AUGCACUACAAAAAAGAGUAAGUAGAAGUGUUGUAUGAGGUUUUGUCCUUAUCUAUUGAGGUUGAUGAAGAAUUUCUCCAUAUCCUGAUAAACACAUUGAAAAAAGAGAGAACUUAAGACUGCCAAAAAUUUCUCUCAUAAGAUCAAAACAAAUUCCUUUUAGAAAUAGAAAGUUAAAAGGUAGAAACCUAAUCACUGCUUGAGAAAGAAUAGACUCUUAAUGGAGAGAAGAACAUUAAGAUAAUAACAGGUGUCCUAAAAAAAGUUAGGGAUCAUGACUUUAAUACACAGAAUUAUUCAAUGGAUGAUUAUGAAGAAUUUAAAAAGGAUCUAAUCACAAAAAUAUCAUUGAAUAAGAAGAUAAUAGAAUUCCUAAAAUUUUUAGUUCAUCUGACUGCUUUAGAUGAGACAUAUAUUUAGUGUGGAUCAAAUUCUCUUAAUUUACUAGUUUAAAUGAAAGUGGAUUUGAGGGAAUAAAGUUUUGAGAAUAUCAGGAUAAGAAAUACCUCUUUAGUUGGUGGAAAUUUUGUAAGAUGCAUAUUCAAUGGAUCAGAAUUUGACAAUGUAGAUAUUAGUGGAAUGAACUUGAAUUAAGCUUAAUUGUUUAAUUGUAAAUGGAAAAAUAUCAAAAUACAUGAGUUAAAUAAAUUAGAUGGUCAUUCUAGAAAUGUCAAUUCGGUCUGCUUCUCUCCAGAUGGUAAGUCAUUAGCUACUUGUAGUGAUGAUAGUUUGAUUAUAUUGUGGGAUGUUAGAACUGGGUAAGAAAAGGGCAGAAUUAGGGGUAUAGGGGAGAUAAAAUCAGUUUGUUUCUCACCUAAUAAUACUACAUUAGCAUUCAGCAGCAGAGAAUUUGUGUAUUUAAUGAAUCUUAAAACAGGAAAGUAAAAAUUCAAAUUAGGAUUAGAGGGUUAGACUAAAAAGGUUAUGUCAAUCAAUUUCUCUCCUGAUGGUACGACAUUAGCAUCUAGUGGUGGAUCUGAAUAUGGUGGAGGAGAUUAUUCUAUCCGUUUAUGGGAUGUUAAGACAGGGUAAUAAAAAGCCAAAUUAGAUGGUCAUUCUGAUACAGUUAGAUCAGUCAUUUUCUCUCCUGAUGGUACGACAUUAGCAUCUUGUGGUGGAUCUGAAUAUGGUGGAGGAGAUUAUUCUAUCCGUUUAUGGGAUGUUAAGACAGGAUGCUAAAAAGCCAAAUUAGAUGGUCAUUAAUAAGCAGUUAGAGCAGUCAAUUUCUCUCCUGAUGGUAAUACAUUAGCGUCUGGUGGUAAAUCUAGUAUAGGAGAGAGAGAUUGUUCUAUCCGUUUAUGGGAUGUUAAGACAGGAAAAUAAAAAGACAAAUUAGAUGGUCAUUACUAAGUAGUUACUUCAGUCAAUUUCUCUCCUGAUGGUACUACAUUAGCAUCGGGCAGCUAUGAUAAGGCUAUUCAUUUAUGGGAUGUUAAGACAGGAUAGUUAAAAGCCAAAUUGGAUGGCCAUUAAUAUUAAGUUAAUUCGAUUUGUUACUCUCCUGAUGGUACUAUAUUAGCAUCUGGUAGUAAUGAUAAGUCUAUCCGUUUAUGGGAUGUUAAGACAGGAUAAUUCAAAGCCAAAUUAUAGGGUCAUUCAAAUUUUGUUAAUUCAAUUUGUUACUCUCCUGAUGGUACUACAUUAGCAUCUAAUAGUGGAGACAAGUCUAUCCGUUUAUGGGAUGUUAAGACAUUAUAAUAAAGAGCCAAAUUGAAUGGUCACUAUGAUACAGUUAGAUCAGUCAAAUUUUCUCCUGAUGGUACUACAUUAGCAUCUGGUGGUGGAUUUAAUUAUGGAGGGGGAGAUUGUUCUAUCCGUAUUUGGGAUGUUCAUACAGGAAAUUAAACAGCUAUUUUAUAUGGUCAUGAAUAUUAAGUUAAUUCAAUUUGUUACUCUCCUGAUGGAACUACAUUAGCAUCUGGUAGUGAUGAUAAUUCUAUCUAUUUAUGGGAUGUUAAGACAGGAAAAUAAAAAGCCUAAUUAUAAGGUCAUGUAUUUUAAGUGAAUUCAAUUUGUUACUCUCCUGAUGGCACUAUGCUAGCAUCUGGUAGUAAUGAUAAGUCUAUCCGUUUAUGGGAUGUUAAGACAGGAUGCUAAAAAGCAAAAUUAGAUGGCCAUUCAGAUUGGGUUAACUCAAUUUGCUACUCUCCUGAUGGUACUACAUUAGCAUCUGCUAGUGGAUCUAAUUAGAAAGGGGGAGAUUUUUCUAUCCGUUUAUGGGAUGUUAAGACAGGAUAAUAAAAAGCCAAAUUAGAUGGUCAUAAAUAAGCAGUUACUUCAGUCAAUUUCUCUCCUGAUGGUACUACAUUAGCAUCUGGUAGUUCAGAUAACUCCAUCCGUUUAUGGGAUGUUAAGACAGGAUAAUAAAAAGCAAAAUUAGAUGGUCAUUCAAAUGAUGUAAGAACAAUUUGUGACUCUCCUGAUGGUACUACAUUAGCAUCUGGUAGUGCAGAUAACUCUAUCCGUUUAUGGGAUGUUAAGACAGGAUAAUAAAAAGCCAAAUUAGAUGGUCAUUCGCAUUACAUUAAUUCAAUUUGUUACUCUCCUGAUGGUACUACAUUAGCAUCUGGUAGUUCAGAUUAGUCUAUCCGUUUAUGGGAUGUUAAGACAGGAUAAUAAAUAGACAAAUUAGAUGGCCAUUCAUCAACAGUUUGUUCAAUCAAUUUCUCCCCUGAUGGAAAUACAUUAGCUUCUGGUAGUGAUGAUAACUCUAUUCGACUUUGGAAUGUACAAAUAUCAAAGGAAAUACUGCAAUCAGAUGGUAGCUAUAAAGAUUUGCUUGCUUAGUUCAACAUACCUCUUCAGAAUAGCUCCUUAUUGCCAAAUGGUAUUUAUUAUAAAUUAACUUUAGUUAAUCCUGAUUGUACAAUACUUAGAAUAUGUUAGAAUCCUUUAUUAGAAGCAUCAGGAACACUUAUCCUAUAAGGACAAUUCAUUAAUCAUUAAGGGAAAGAUUUACAACCUUUGUUUAAAUCAAAGGGUAGUUGCUUUUUAGAAGACUUAAAACAAAAGUAAAUUUGAAUAUCCAUUAAAAACA